GGCUCCGCCGUCGAGCCGGGGAGAGAGCCUCCGCUAGCAGCCAGGCACCCGGCUGGACGACGCCAGCGACCCGGGCCCCUUGGCGGUACCGCGUUCACCCAGGGGCGGCACAGGCACCCAGACCCGAACUCCAAGAUGGGAGGCAAGCUGAGCAAGAAGAAGAAGGGGUACAAUGUGAAUGAUGAGAAGGCCAAGGACAAAGACAAGAAGGCUGAAGGAGCCGGGACAGAAGAGGAAGGAACCCCGAAGGAGAAUGAGACCCAGGCGGCUGCAGAGACCCCAGAGGUGAAGGAGGGCAAGGAGGAGAAGCCAGAGAAGGAUGCUCAGGACGCUGGCAGCAAGCCAGACGACAAGGAAGGCGAGAAAGAUACAGAGGCGGCCAAGGAAGAUGCGCCGAAGGCAGAGCCCGAGCAGACGGAGGGAGCCGAGGGCAAGCAGGAAACCCCAAAGGAUGCUGAGCAGGAGGCGGCAGCCGCUUCGGGCCCCGCGGCCGGCGGUGAAGCCCCCAAGGCUUCGGAGGCCGAGGCAGCGGAGCCCGCAGCCCUCACCAAGGAUGACAAGAGCAAGGAGGCAGGGGAACCCACAAAGACUGAGGCUCCCGCAGCUCCUGCCGCGCAGGAGACGAAAAGUGACGGGGCCCCAGCUUCAGACUCAAAACCCAGCAGCACUGAGGCUGCCCCAUCCUCCAAGGAGACGCCAGCAGCCACGGAAGCACCCAGUUCCACGCCGAAGGCCCAGGCCCCCGCAGCCCCCGCAGACGAGGUCAAACCUGCCGAGACCCCGGCAGCUAAUUCCGAUCAAACCGUAGCAGUCAAAGAAUAACAAGGACAGCCUCUGGAGAAAAGAAUACCGCUUAACAAUGAUCUGUCUCUCUGUCUCUCUCUUUCUCUCUCUCUCUGUCUCUCUCUCCUACACUAACUCGUUUCAAAUUGGAAGUAAUGAUACGUAUUGCCCAAGAAAAAGGAUGUGGUCCCAUCAAGGGAGGGAGGGAGGGGGUGGGGAGAAUCCAAAUAGUAUUUUUGUGGGGAAAUAUCUAAUAUACCUUCAGUCAACUCUACCAAUCAGUCCUGGAGUUUAAAGCGCAAUGUCUGAAAGUACAGUACAUCUCUUUGUACCUGAACUGCUGUUACAUGCACUCCACCACUAAGAUCCGAAACAUCUUGUCUUCUGCAAGGGGGAGUCGGGGGUGAUACGUUUUGAUUCUGCCCGCAGGGCCUGUGCCAAGGCAAUCAGAUCUUUAUGAAAGCAGUAUUUUCUGUGUUUUCUUUUUGAUUUACAGCCUUUCUUAUUUUGAUAUUUUUUUAAUGUUGUGGAUGAAUGCUAACUUUCAGACAGCCCACUUAGCCUGUCCACAUGUAUCUCGAUACCAAGACUCCAUUCUUCCUCCCCAGGUAUUUUUGGGAGGAACAAACAUUCUCUCAUCCUACUUAGCCUCCCUAGAUUUCUCAUGACGAGUUAAUGCAUGUCCGUGGUUGGGUGCACCUGUAGUUCUGUUUAUUGGUCAGUGGAAAUGAAAAAAAAAAAAAAAAAAAAAGUCUGCGUUCAUUGCAGUUCCAGUUUCUCUUCCAUUCUGUGUCACAGACACCAACACACCACUCAUUGGAAAAUGGAAAAAAUAAUAAUAAUAAAAAACAAAAAAAAAGUACAAUGGAUGCAUUGAAAUUAUAUGUAAUUGUAUAAAUGGUGCAACAGUAAUAAAGUUAAAACAAUUAAAAUGAA